UUUCUCUCUCUUCAUUGUCUCUCACCAACAACCUAGUAACUCUCCCCGAGGCUUUGGUCUUGCUUUCCCAUUCUUCAACACUUCCUUUUCUCACUAUUCUGUUUAAGCUUUUCUCGCACACAGCCUAGCCUGCAUUCUCUUUCUCUCUGUCUUUCCACCUCUUUUUUCUUCUAUUUUCUUUUCCGUAACUCAAACCUGCUUAAGCUUAAGCUAACCUCACUACCGACCCUUCUUCUUCUUCUUCUUCCCCUUGCAUUUUUGGAUUUGCUCCAACGGUCACUUUGUUGGAGGAAGGAGAAAUGCUCCCUUUUGCUUUGUUGUUUUUUCUUCUUUCCUGCAACUCUCUUGCACCUGUGGUGCAUUCUCUGAAUGCCGAAGGUUCUGUGCUUUUGACACUAAAGCAGUCCCUUACAGACCCACAAGGAUCCAUGAGUAACUGGAAUUCCUCCGAUGAAAACCCUUGUUCAUGGAAUGGGAUCACUUGCAAGGACCAAACUGUUGUGUCCAUUAGCAUCCCUAAGAGGAAACUCUAUGGCUCUCUUACUUCUUCUCUGGGAUCUCUCUCCCAGCUCCGCCAUGUCAAUUUCAGGAACAACAAGCUCUUUGGAAACUUGCCUCCACAGCUCUUUCAGGCUCAGGGACUUCAAAGCUUGGUGCUUUAUGGCAAUUCACUUUCUGGGUCUGUUCCAAGUGAGAUUCAGAACCUCAGGUACCUUCAAGCUCUAGAUUUGUCACAAAAUUUCUUCAAUGGAUCGUUGCCUGCUGGAAUUGUCCAAUGCAAGAGACUCAAAACCCUUGUUCUCAGUAAGAACAAUUUCACUGGCCCUUUGCCAGAUGGGUUCGGUACUGGUUUGUCUUCUCUGGAAAGACUAGACCUUUCUUUCAAUAAGUUCAAUGGGUCAAUUCCCUGUGACUUGGGAAAUCUUUCAAGCCUGCAAGGAACUGUUGAUUUGUCUCAUAAUCAUUUUAGUGGUUCAAUUCCAGCUAGCCUUGGUAAUCUGCCUGAGAAGGUUUACAUUGAUCUUACUUACAACAGUUUAAAUGGUCCAAUACCCCAAAAUGGUGCUUUGAUGAAUAGAGGACCAACUGCUUUUAUUGGCAAUCCUGAUCUAUGUGGUCCUCCUUUGAAGAAUUCAUGUGGCUCUGAUAUUCCAUCUGCUAGUUCACCUUCUUCAUUUCCAUUUAUUCCUGAUAACUACUCACCUUGGGAUGGUAAUGGUUCAAGGGGAAGUGAGAAAAACAAAGGGCUAAGUAAGGGAGCUGUGGUUGGCAUUGUUGUGGGUGAUAUAAUUGGAAUUUGCCUUUUAGGUUUGCUGUUCUCUUUUUGCUACUCAAGGGUUUGUGGUUUUAACCAGGAUCUGGAUGAGAGUGAUGUUAGCAAGGGAAGGAAAGGGAGGAAAGAGUGCUUCUGCUUCAGAAAGGAUGACUCUGAGGUUCUAUCUGAUAAUAAUGUUGAGCAGUAUGAUCUUGUCCCAUUAGAUUCCCAUGUGAACUUUGAUUUGGAUGAGCUUCUCAAGGCUUCAGCUUUUGUUCUGGGUAAGAGUGGAAUAGGGAUUAUGUACAAAGUGGUGCUUGAAGAUGGACUUGCUUUGGCUGUGAGAAGAUUGGGAGAGGGAGGUUCUCAAAGGUUUAAAGAGUUCCAAACAGAGGUUGAAGCAAUAGGGAAGUUAAGGCAUCCAAAUAUUGCAACUCUGAGAGCCUAUUACUGGUCUGUUGAUGAGAAGCUUCUCAUAUAUGAUUAUAUACCCAAUGGAAGCCUUGCUACAGCAAUUCAUGGGAAGGCUGGACUUGACACAUUCGCACCACUAUCUUGGACCUAUAGAUUGAAAAUCAUGAAAGGAACUGCAAAGGGAUUGCUCUAUCUUCAUGAAUUUAGUCCCAAAAAAUAUGUCCAUGGAGACCUCAAGCCAAGUAACAUACUUCUUGGACACAACAUGGAACCCCACAUUUCUGACUUUGGAGUUGGGCGCCUUGCAAACAUUGCCGGAGGGUCUCCGACCUUGCAAUCGAACCGAGUGGCCGCGGAGCAACUACAGGGAAGGCAAAAGAGCAUAUCCACUGAAGUCACAACCAAUGUGUUGGGAAAUGGUUAUAUGGCACCAGAAGCACUGAAAGUGGUGAAGCCAUCACAGAAGUGGGAUGUGUACUCAUAUGGUGUGAUAUUGUUGGAAAUGAUCACAGGAAGAUCAUCCAUUGUCUUAGUGGGGAACUCAGAAAUAGACCUUGUUCAGUGGAUUCAGUUGUGCAUUGAGGAAAAGAAGCCAGUGUUGGAGGUGUUAGACCCUUACUUGGGUGAAGAUGCAGAUAAGGAGGAGGAGAUUAUUGGAGUUUUGAAGAUUGCAAUGGCUUGUGUUCAUAGCAGCCCCGAAAAGAGACCUACUAUGAGGCACGUGCUUGAUGCUUUGGAUAGACUGAGUAUUUCCUCUGAUUGAGAAAUUUCAGGGAGCUGUGCACUGUGAAUCCAGCUCAUUUGUGUAGCUUUUGCCUUUUACUCUGUCUUGGUCACGUUUAACAAUGUCUUCUUCAAGCUCAUGAAUCCUUGUUAUUGGUUGGAGCACUAGAAGAGAAAUUCAUCUUGUUUGAGCAAAAAUCAUCAAUUUUUCUGCUACAACCUACGAGACAUGGCAUGCUUUGGGGACUCAUUAUUUUUUUAUCCUUUCUUUUAACCCGAAUAUAUAUAAUUUAAUUUACCAUCCAUACGAUCCAAAUUAGUUUUAUUUAAUCUAAGUCAUCAGUUUACUGUUAAAAUGUGUCAUGUUCAUUGUACAUGAAAUCAAGAAUAAUGCCUUUUUUUUUU